AUGAGUCCUUCUACUAGGCGCCUGAAGAAUGUCAUUAUCUCUCCCAUCAGGGUCUUCCUGAGCCUUUUCCUGCUAGAAGACAUUUAUGGGUGUCCUUAUGACUUUGUCGAAGUGUUUGAUGGAAAGCAAGUUGCCUCACUGUCCAUGGGCAAAGUCUGUGCUGGGGCAGAACUCACCUUCCUCUCCUCUUCCAAUUCCAUGACAGUGGUGUUUAAAAGUGAUGCCAUGGUCACCAACACAGGGUUCUAUGCUCUGUACAACACUGUUCACCAAGACGAAAGGCAGAACAGUAUGGCCUUGAGACUGGUGAAUGGUAGCCACAGGUGUGAGGGACGAGUAGAGGUCUCUUACAAUGGUACCUGGGGCACAGUGUGUGAUGACAGCUGGGACCUGACAGAUGCCAAGGUGGUGUGCCAGCAGCUUGGCUGUGGUGUGACCAUGUCAGCCCCAGCUGAGAGCUACUUUGAGAGAGGCAUGGGCCAUAUCAUGCUGGAUGAUGUGCAGUGUAUGGGGGAUGAAGCCAAGGAGCAUCAAGGCUCUCCCAGCUACUCCAACUCCAUCAGAGGCAGAACUCAAGGCCACCCUGGCCGAGUCAUAGUGAGGCACAAGGUGCCCCAGGUGAAGUUCACCUGCAAAGUGGAUGGCCAGUCUGCAAUGGAAAUUGUGCAUGGGAGUGACACUCAGAAGGACCAUGUCAGCUACGAUGUGUCAAUAUCAUUCCUCCAGUCACCAGCAUCCCGGAAUAUGGGGGUUGGAGCUCCUCCUUAUACCCAUCAGAGGGAAGAGGUCUUCCUGCAGGCCACCCUCCACAGCCACAAUCCCAAUCUGAAGCUCGUGGUGGAUACCUGUGUGGCUUCUCCUGACCCCAGUGAUUUCACAACUGUCAAGUAUGAACUGGUUCAGGAAGGGUGCAUCAAAGACAAUUCCUACUCUGACCUGCAUACCUCUGGGAAGAAUGUGGCCCAGUUCAAGUUCAACGCCUUCAGCUUCCUCAAAAGCUAUGAUGUGGUCUACCUUCAGUAUAAGGUUGCUGUCUGCCGAAUCGGAGACCACUCUUCCCAAUACUGACAAGGCUGUACAAGGUGAGGGAGGAGAGGCACAGGCUCUGCAGAGGCCAGAGAAGAACCAACUGAGUACUUCCAAACAGUGGGACCACUGAAGAUCCACAGAGCAGGUCAUCAGAGCAAGACCCUAGUGUGAUCUCUCCC